AUGCUUGUUCUUAUCACUUGCAUCUGCAGCAUCACAGCAGCGUUUAGAGCACACCAUCAGCAACGCCUCGUUACUCAUGGCUGGGCAAAUCCAUACGCAAGACGACGCAUCCACCAGAAACCGACGUAUCAAGACAAAUGUCAGACGACUUUUGAUCAUUCGUGUUACUCUGACAAGCACGUCAUCGCGAACCCGAUGGUGCAAGCCUUCAAAAGUUGCCUAUUGAAGAUUUUGUACCCCACCUGCUCGGCUCACCAGCGUGAUGGCUCGACUCGGAGAAUCACGCCACGGCCAACCAGAGCGGUGAAAACCAUGAAAUGGCGGCUUGAGUCGUAUAUCUCUCUCAGUGGGCUCUUAUCUGAGUACAUCCCUGGGUUCUCUGGGUUCCGCCAUUAUGGUUUAGCUCAACCCUCGAGGUCCCGUCAUGCGGGCAAGACGAUGGACUCGCAUGAACGCCUUUCCCAAUUGAUGAGACUAGCAAGGCAACUUCCAGAAACAUGCAAUGGCGUAGACACCUUCGAUGGUGGAUUCUGUCUUUUGCGACCCUUCCUGCAAUUGGUUAAUAUUCCUCAUCGUUCCAGUCGCGGUAUUGAUGAGAUUUUCAAAAGCGCUCAAAUGAUUGUAUUCCGCUAUUCUGAGAAGGGAUCCCGGGGGGGCGAUAACAAGCCAAUCGGCAGUCUUUUGGUAAUCGUUUUACCUCCCUCCAGGUUCCUCUCAAGUCCAGUAUGGUGUAACUACAUAAUGGGACGGCCCACGUGUGUGCGCGAUGGAAGAACCCGUACGCUUUUCAGGUGGCGUGUUUGCCCAGUCUUCAAGCUUCUCGUCGCACGAGUGAGCCACAGUCAUGCCCCAAAGGCUGCGGCGAACAGACUUGGAGUACUGAGCAAUCUUGAACUCAACACCCCACCUCCUGGCUAUUGA